CGAUAAGAACGUCAGUUGACGCGCGGCCUGCGCGUCGAUACAACGUGCAAUGGGGGAGCUACAGUAUCCGGGGGCUCCUAGUGUGGACGACGAGAGACAGUACAGGGCGCCCUUUAGACGCACUCCGCAGUACCGGUGGCCGUCGCAGCCCCCGCAGCCCUCGGCCUUCGCGCCGUGGCGCCGGGCGCCCGCUCCGCCGCGGCCUCCGGACUACCGCCGCAGCGCCAGCUACCCGGGCAAACCUGAUGAACCCUACCAGGAACGCACAGGGCUAGACAACAUGAGGACUUUAGAGCAUUACCUGACAGAUAUCAUGCGGGCAGACACGUCAGACCCCAUGAAAGGCAAGUCGCCGUUUUUCCCCGGCGUGGAGGACGCGGCGCUGGCGAGCGGCGGGGCCGCGGGCUCGCCCUCCGUGCCCUCUGACCAGGCGCAGGAUGUCGUGUCGCGACUCAGCGCCGCCGGUCUUUCGAUGUGCGUGUCGGCGCUGGGGUCUCCGGCGCGCUCGUCGCCAGUGUCGGCGGGCUCCGAGCACGGCGAGCGCUUCAGCCGCAAGGUGUUCGUUGGAGGCCUGCCGCCCGACAUCGACGAGGAUGAGAUUACCUCCUCUUUCCGGCGGUUCGGACCGCUGGUGGUAGACUGGCCGCACAAGGCCGAGAGCAAGAGCUACUUCCCACCAAAGGGCUACGCGUUUCUACUGUUCCAGGACGAGAGCUCGGUCGCAGCACUGAUGGAGGCUUGCAUCACAGACGACGACAAGCUGUACCUCUGCGUGUCGUCGCCGACCAUUCGCGACAAGCCAGUCCAGAUCCGCCCGUGGCGGCUCGCCGACGCAGACUUUGUCCUGGACGCCUCCAUGCCACUGGAUCCUAGGAAGACAGUUUUCGUUGGCGGCGUUCCUCGCCCACUUAAAGCCGCCGAACUGGCGAUGAUUAUGGACCGGCUGUACGGCGGCGUCUGCUAUGCCGGCAUCGACACCGACCCCGAACUCAAAUACCCCAAGGGUGCGGGCCGCGUGGCGUUCUCCAACCAGCAGUCGUACAUCGCGGCCAUCUCCGCGCGCUUCGUGCAGCUGCAACACGGCGACAUCGACAAGCGGGUCGAGGUGAAGCCGUACGUUCUGGACGACCAGAUGUGCGACGAGUGCGCCGGCGCACGCUGCGGCUCCAAGUUCGCGCCCUUCUUCUGCGCCAACGUCACCUGCCUCCAGUACUACUGCGAGCACUGCUGGGCGACCAUCCACUCGCGGCCGGGGCGCGAGUUCCACAAGCCGCUCGUGAAGGAGGGCGCCGACCGCCCGCGCGCCGUGCCCUUCCGCUGGUGUUAGUGCUGUCCCGCUCCCGCGCACACCCCUCCCACUCCCGCACCCGACCCCGCACCGAGACCACUAGUGGCCAGAGGUAACCACUAGUGCUCAACUAACCACUAGUAUGUAACCAUUAGUGUUGUCCACAGAAUUGUGACGAUUCUGAAUUUUGUAACGAGUUUGAUCGGUUAAGCCCUAUUUAGACGAUGAGAGAAGUCGCUUGCGCGUUUCAUUACAUUGCGGUUUUUGAUCGGUCGAUUGAAUUUGACGUAACCAACAGUCCGCAAUGUAACUAAAAUUUGGCGAGUUCGCGCGCCGUCUAAAUCAGCCCGUAGUCAAACAUUAGAUCGCGUAAGCAGGGUAACCACUAGUGCUACUUUACUAAAAGCGUUACUAAGAUUGUCAUGAUAUAAGGUGGUUGAAUGACUAAUGGUACUUUAUGUGAAUGUAAUAGCAAAUCGCAUAACCACCAUCGUUAGUCAUUGUCACAAAUUGUGUUACUACUGCAAUAAAAAACUCAAUAUCACUAAUAAUAUAGGUUGUCCUAUCACCAGAUCACCACAAACAUUGAAAUAAUUGAUUCUUUACAUUGCCUAUAUUGGUGACGCUGACAUUGGUGGUUACGCUGACACGAGUGGUUACGCUGACACUACCGGUUACGCUGACACUACCGGUUACGCUGACACUACUGGUUACGCUAACACUACUGGUUACGCUAACACUGGUGGUUACGCUCUGAUGACGCUGCGUGCUCUCCGCACUCCCGCUUUACACUCGAAGUGACCAAAAAUAUGGCUGUUUACAUCUCGAAUAGGCCAAUGGCCGACUAAGACGUAUUUCAACUAAGCCUAACCCAAACUACACGGAGGUAGAGAAUGGAAAACGCUUCGUCCGAAUGAUUUCUGUACCUUAUCUUUUUGUCGAAAUUCUUUUAAUUAGUAAAAUUUUAAGGACAUUAUUCGGAGAAGACGUUAUUGAAAUACAUCGUAUUAGAUGGCACUGGAUACGACAUGUAACUAAAAUAAAAAGCAACUUUAUCCAACGUUUAAUAUUAAGCAGAUAGGAUUGAAGUAAGAAAACACUUGCCGAGUUUUCUCUAGCGGCCGCCAUUUGCAUUCAGUGUGGCUGUUGAGAAAAUUAACGAACGAUUUUCGAUUUAAGCAAAGAUGUGUAUCCAUAAAGUUAGAUAGUUGUCCGUUCGUCGUUUGUGGGUAAGCUCUACUCGGCGCGAUCACUCGCGCUUUAUCCUAAGAUUAAUGUAAGACAUAAGUGGAAUGUCUGAUUUCUCAAGAUAAUUGUACCUGUGUAGCUAGAAACAAUUUCAUAAGAGUUUCCUCGUUUAGAUUUUCGACUUGGAUAUUGUUGCUAUUUUUUCACUUCGGCGGCCCGUUCUUACGGUUAGACAAUUUUACUAAACUAAAUCAGUUUAGUGUCGACGAAGAUAGAGGGCGUUGACUUGACGGCGCCACAGACUAUAGCAGCCAGUGUUGCCAACGUUUGACAUUUCGGGCAAUUAUGAUUGAGGAAUAUCUCUUUCUCUUUAAAGCUAGUAGGAAAGAGAUAGAGAAUCAGUCUCUACCGGCUGCUAAGAGUUUGUGCGUUGUCCUCGGGGUUUUGUUAGUCUGCUCGUUUCACUGGGAGGCGGUAGGGACUGGUUUUUAGUACAAACGAAAAAAAAUACGUUACCAAUUUUGGCUGUAGUCUUGCUCGACGCGAGUAUAUCUCUUUUCUUAUAUUUUAGCGUUAAAAAGUAUGAUAAUAAAAAUAUUUUUUGGAUUCGCCGGGAUAGUGCAAUAGACCGUAGUUUAGUAUACUAUAAAAAUAUAUUAACCAAUUAUUAAACUAGUGUAAAUAUGCGGUGGUUCACGUUUUUACCCUUUGCUUGUCACUCGCGUUUGUUUGAGGUUAUAUUGGAGUUGAAUUUGAUGAGUUUUGGAAUCGGAGGGCUCAGUGUGUACUUAACGAGGCGACGGAUACUGACGGUCGGCCGACAUCGUAUCCCGACGACCACGGACGCAUAUAGACUGUAGAAAAAGACUUGCGCGAAUUUUUUGAACAUUUUUUUCGUUUGGAAGCGGUUUUUUCGUGUCGUGUUUUUUCUAAAUUUUAAAGGGUGAGGCUAUGAAGUGCCUUGGUGUGUGUGCCCGCCGGUGUGUUCAACGUUCGUUGGGUUCGUCUGGUCUUGAGCGUUUGAUGCACUUUAAAUUAUUGUUUGACACGCGUCUGGGUUUCUCUAAAACUACCAUUUAUGGCAGCUGGUAACACUGACGCGCGUAGUAGAAUUAUUCUACCGUUUUUGACAGCUGUCAACUGUCAAGAGCGACGGCAGCGCCAGGGAUCACCGCCAUCCCAUUAUUUUAAAAUAUAAUAGUUAAUAAUCAAUUCUCUAAAAGUUAAGUAGGUACAAUUCGUAUUGUUAGUAGAUGCAUUUUAGUGAAAUUAUUUGCCAUAAUACAGACGCAUUGUGGGACUUUUUAUAUUCAUAUUAUAUUAUCGCGAGCCGCUCUGUGGCCCCUAUAAAAUUUAGGACAAAAUAUUUGAAAUAUGAAAUAAUAUAUAUUUUCUUAGUCUUUAGAAAACUUAGCUAUAUAUUGAUAUAUAUUUCGCGAUAUAAAAAGUCGUAUGAAGCGCGUGCACACUACGUGUGUUAGUAGUAAAUAAAAUAAUUGCAAUACCGAAUGGUGAGUUGUAGAGUUCCUUACGGGACGAACUCCCAUACAUUUUUCACUCCGCACUUAAGUUACUUCAUUCUGAAUCCUUCACCAGACAAAUUUCGACUGCAUUUUCAAACGUCUCUAUUUACUUUUGAUUUGUAUUCGUAGAAAAUUCGAUGAUUUAUCCGUUUUUUGUAUAAUUUCACUCGUGAUGUGUGCAUUUCCCGUUAUUGGUGGUUCUUUUGUAUGAAAUUGCUCAAUGUUUUUUGUAAUUGUUUGGAAGUGCCCUCGCCUCCUAGCGGUGGGACGCGUGACUGUGACUUGAUUCUGGAUGCUUGAUACGUGUCGUGUGGUAGCACUGUCCCAUUUUUGUAUUUUUAUAUUUUUAUAAAAAACGAAAUUGUGAAUUCGGACGUGGUCUUUUAAUUUACGCGCAACGUUAGACUUCAACACGCUGGACGGGAACCAUUAUUGUAUAACUUGAUGCGUUCCGACUCCGCGCCGACGCAAAGCCGACCUUAGUCGGCGGCGUCUUUAAUUAUAAAAAUAUAUAAUUGGUGUUAGAAUAUUAAUACAACCGAGGUGAGUUUGGGAUAUGUGGUCUGUUGCGAGCGGCUGUGUCUGCUAGCGCGGUCGGUCUUCUACACGGAGGAUUUGUAUCGUUUCUGGUUCUAGGGAGGUUUACAUUUCUCCUAUUUUUUGCCUCGUUUCUUCUUUAUAGUUUAAUCGUCGAACUAAAGGAAAUAGUGUGAAGUUAGCGUUUCUCAUUCGAUCAAUCGCAUGUCACUGUAGCAAUCGUUUCGAUGCUCACUUCAUACUCAUUCAUUUAGUAGUCGAGUUUCCUUUACCUUGUUAAGAAUUUUCGAUCGAUUGUCGAUCCUUCGAUUUCGCCUCGCAGUAUUUAGUUUAGAUCUAUUUAAUUUCUAUGAAAAGGUCUGAUUUUGAGGGAUUUGUAGCGCUUUUCACGUGCGGAAUAGUUUUUUAGUUGAUUUGGAGUGCCCUUUAGUUUGUAACUGCGAGGUGACGUUUUUAGUUCGUUAGUUUGUAGGUUGUUUGUUUGCUUGGUUCCUCGUUUAUUGCCGCUACGGCUUGUUCUCGUUAUUUAUACGUUGUCUGUUUUUCUAUUAAUAUAACUAGCUGAGGGUGUUCAUUGACGUUUUAUGAUUUGGGAGCCGCGGCGACGUACUGUAGAUUGCUGACGAAGUUAGUCCUACUGAUUUCAGAGAUUGACUUCAGUGCAACAUAAUUUAGUGCUUAGUUCAGUAACUUUUAUGGAAGUCGAUAGUGAAAUGAGCACUAGUUUUGUUAAAUAACUUCGAACUUCUUAAGUUCGGAUUCGGAUGCAGCGGCUUACGUCGUUAUGGUCACGGCUCUGUCCAGACUUUAGAAUAAUCGCAGAAACGCAAACACGAUUGUCGACGGUGACCCUAAAGUCGGGACAAGCCUCCGACCGAUGUGACAUUUGUACUUUUUUAAAAUAUCGUAGCUAUCUUUAAAAUGUAAAGAGUUGUUGUUGUUUCGAAGUCGGUGUUUCGUGCCCUCGUCGUUUAUCUCCGAGUGAGUUUCUUCGCACUAUUUUUCACUGCAUGUAUAUAGUGAAUCAGUACGUUGGAUUCUUAAGGAAAAAAAUAAAAAAGCGCAAAAAAAGAAUUUUUUAUCGACGCCUCAGGAACGGGGUGGGCGCGCCGCGCACCAUACACCUCGAGGUUUUAGCGAAAUUAUUAAUUAAAAUAAUAGCGAAAAGUAGCGCAAUUCAUGAAAUACCUACCUAGUUGAAGUAUAUCGUAUACGGUGCGGUAGUACCCACACCGUAAGCUAGACAAUAUUAAGUUUGUAUGGAAUUUCUUGCACCGUCGAGUGUUGGUUUCAACCACUUUGUAUUUCGGUAUAGCAAGCUGGUAUGCACAGAUGGUGCGAUGAAAUUAUUUUUUUAACAAAUUUUGAAAUUGGACGGCCCUCUAAUGCUAAUGUGCUAUUUUAAUGUUGAUUGUAUUAAAUUGAAACGCGGAUAGAACUAAGUUCAAGAGUCAUUAACACGUCUACAAAUAUCUGUCAUUAGUUCACGGCAAAAAACAAAAUCACUCCCGCUGUGUUUAAUUUAGUAUCGUCAACAUAUUUACUUGAAGACGCGACCGCUCAUAUUACCGGUCCGAAUCAUUUAAUUAUUUCUAUAAAGAUCUUCGACAAAUACAAAUCCUAGGUAAACCUAAAUAGAUAAUCUUGAAGUACAACUUUCAAGUUUCGGAUCGGAUUGGUAAUAUCCGUGUUGUCGUUUUCAAAACUAAGGUUCAAAAAGUGGUCGUCCCCCACUGUAUUAAAUUAAUUUGAAAUAAGAUUUAUAUAUACUGAUAUUUUUAUAGACGGUUGUUACAUAGAAUCAAUUUUGUUGAAAAUUGAAGUCUCGUUUCGAUUAGAUUGAUUUGCUAUUAAUAUUGCCCAUCUUCGUUUGGUUCGACGGUUGUAGUGAAUAGACACACCUAGUGAGAAAUAUUUAAGGUUAUUUUUAAGAUUUCCUUCUAGUAAAUAAGUAUUGGUCGUUGUUUUCUAACUUACUGGCAUUAGGCGCGUUGCUGUUAUGAAUAUCUGGCCCCUGUUUUACCUUAUCGACAAUUCACAGUAUAUUAUUGGUCCAACAAGUAAACAUUGACGCCACGCCACGGCCAAAGUGAACAUUAGUUUGUACUAUUAGGUGUAACCAACUAUUUGACCACUUUUGUAGGGUAUCGUCCUGUGUCGUCCCAUUCGUUUUUCGUCAAGUUCUUAAAUUAGUCCUAUUCUGCUUUCGUCACUCAUUCUACAUUGAAAGUCACCGACGAUUGUGACGAAUGUAGCAUAAGUGACGAAAGCAGAAUAGUACUAAUUUAAGAACUUGACGAAAAACGAAUGGGACGACCCAAGGCGAUACCUUUUGUAGCUAUGACAUGUUUGAUGCUGACUGUACCGUCGUUACUUACCGACCCAGAGGACCUACCGCGAACCACGUUUGACGUGUUGCCUCACUGUCGCACUUGUAAAUUCGUACGUAAGUGUGACAGGGAGGUAAACGUCGAACGUGGUUCGCGGUAGGCUCUCAGAAACUUACGGUCAACUGUAAAAAUAUGGAUGUAAUACAAAUCAUCUCAAAAAUAUGUCCCAUAACUCUUAUUUCAGUGAAUUAAGAACUACCUAUGGGACAUAUUUUUGAGUAAGUUGUCUACACCCAUAUUUUUAUAGUUGACUGUACAUGAAAUUGACAGUGUCAGGUGAUAAUUGUCAAGUUAAGUUUGGCCUUUGCGUCCGUCUGAUGACCCCUUUUAACAACAGAUAUACAGACAUGGUCGUAGUGUAGUGUCAAGUACUUAAUAUCUCCCACAUAGGUAACAUAAGGUGCUUAGUUUUGUGGUAAGACACUGUCGAAUGACACAUUAAUGACCAAUUUUAUUCGUUAAAUGGUCGGUAUCGUCUUGGGUCGUCCCAUUCGUUUUUCGUCAAUUUCUUAAAUUAGUCCUAUUCUGUUUUCGUCACUCAUUCUACAUUUAAAGCUACCGACGAUUGGAACGAAUGUAGAAUGAGUGACGAAAGCAGAAUAGGACUAAUUUAAGAACUUAUCGACAAAUGAAUGGGACGACCCAAGACGAUGCCAAAUGGUCACUUUUGUGCUGCUUUACAAACUAUGACUUCAGGACGUUUUUUGUGAAAAUACUCAGGUAAUAUUGGUACCUAUACAGAUUUUCGCAGGCCAGUGAUAGGAUCUUGUAGAUGCAACAUAUUCCUUUUGCCAAUGUUUACGUUGAACCAAACGGGAGUGGACAGAUUUUGACUCGUUUACACUGUACAGUUAAAUUGUUCAGGUCCACUGUGACGACGAUCUUCACGCUUCUGUUCUAGAGUAUUGUGAAAACUAUUAAAAUGAAUUUGAAACUUUUUCACUCGUUUCUGUCUUGUAGUUUUGGGUAAAUUCUGACAAUUUUAUUGAAACUCGGGAAAUAAACACGCUAAUCACAAUCAUCAACAACGAGAUCAUGUUCUUGGUAGUUUUGAUAAAGUGUUUGAAUUUACCAUAUCGCCAUUUUUGUCAUGGGGUUGUCAUUAGGGUGAACAUAAGGUAUCUAGCAGAUCAGCAAUCAGGUAUCGUCUUGGGUCGUCCCAUUCGUUUAUCGUCAAGUUCUUGUCCUAAUCUGCUUUCGUCACUCAUUCUACAUUCGUCACAAUCUUCGGUGGCUUUCAAUGUAGAAUGAGUGACGAAAGCAGAAUAGGACGAAUUUAAGAACUUGACGAAUAACGAAUGGGACGACCCAAGACGAUACCAGCAAUCAUUUGCUGAACUGCUAGAGACCUAUGUUCACCCUAAUGUACGAUAUUAGGUACCGAUCGGCUGGAGUCGGGUCGCGCCGCGCCGGAGCGCAUUUUCAAUGUGCCUAUACAUGUAUGGUAGAAGCGGAGUCCGACCGGAGCCGUCCGCGUCCGCGAGCAGCCGAACGGCUUGCGGUCGUACAAAUGUGAAAUGCGCGCCGACUCCGCCCGUUCGGUGGGAAUCGUGACAUUACAAGAUUUUUUUAUCUAUUUUGCUCGUUUCCGAAAUAUGCUGCAUUCCCGAAGUACCUACCAAUUUUAUUUGACUCCCAUAUGUGUACCAGUAUACCUAGGUCCCGGUAUUUUGGGAACGUAGCGGUAAAUGCAAGGAACCGUAAUUUUUUAAUUUGUGUGCUUUGAUAAUUCCUUAUUUUUGUAAGUACAUUUUUUAAGCCACUCCAUCUUUACUGACCAAAGACAAGAUGCGUCCCAAAGAUGCUACCAAAAAGACAGGGUUGCCAGCGCAGCGCCCGCCAUUUUCCUAUUUUUACUUAAUUCCUGGAGAAGGCUUAACACACGUUUUGUAUUCCUUUUUUAUAUAUCACCCGCUUGUUUGGAUGUAUUUUAGGAUUCCUAUUUAUUUUUUACCUUUUAUCGAUUGUUUUUAAUAGAGUCGGACCAAGAAAAGCCUGCAGCGGAUUUGAUAGCCUACACAGUGUAAGUGUUAUUUUAUUCGUCAUAAUUUCAUAGAAGUUUGACGUUUAAAAUAACACGUGCACUGCGUCGCUAUCAAAUGCGCUGCGGACUUUUUUUGGUCUAACUCUAGUUAGUAGUGUAGUCGUUUGUAUUUUAGUUUUUUUUUUGUAUUUGUAUAUUAGUGUUAGUUCGUUCAGUAUUGUUUUUGAAUUUGUAUAAGUAUACACACACUAGAUAUAUUUAAGCUUUGCCAAUAUAACAUUGAGUGCACAUUGGCUAUAAGACGUUACAUUAUAAGUAUUAUUUAUGUAUAAUAUGUAAUAUUGUCAAAUGAAAUAGAUACCGAAUCGCGGAAUAGAUCCAAAUUUCUAAAUCAGAGCUUUACCAAUGAUAAAAUAUUUAAUUCACACGAAUUUUUGUAUUAUAUUUAUUUACCUAGGUGUAACUAUGUAGUCUUGGAUUCACCUGUGUUUUUAUUAUUUUAACGUUAAGAAUGAUUUAUUUUUGUUGUUUGAAUAAUAGUAUUACUUAGAAUUAUGAAGUAGCUUGUCGGCCGGGUGGGUAGUUGGAAUAUUUGUUGCGGGUCUGGCUACUGUUUUGGGUCUGCUAUUUAAUGCAUUCUAGUCUACAAAAAUUACUGGUGUUAUUAUAUGCGUCCCCUUUAGGCAAAGUUUUGCUACAAGAAUGUACAGUCAAAAGCAAAAGAAAAUAUCUGUCUACUCUUACUUCGUAUGCCCACGGCUUAUUGAGAUAACUAACCCUUUAAACGCCCUUAAAUACAAAAUAGUCAAUCACACGCCAACAUCAUGGGCGCAAGUGAUUCAAUAUAAACCUUAUUCCAAACCAUGAAGGUUUCAUUCACAGCCGUAGGACAUAAGUUCUUAGGCACUUAUAUAUACGUAUAUGUAUUUUUCAGGAUAUCUAAAGAAUAGGUUUUCUUGGCAUCUAAAGAGUAAUAGUGUUUUUUCACAUAGCUUGUGUACGGUGGCAGCCGUCAUCUUUAUACAAUGUAUAACCUUAAUGGCUCCUCUACACGAUGGGCCAACGCCGGCCACACCAAGGGACGCAUUUAUGCGUUAGAGGGAGCAAGUGAUAUUGCUAUCUCAUUCUGCCGCAUGGCUGCGUCCCUUGGAGUGGCCGGCGUUGGCCCAUCGUGUAGAGGAGCCAUAAAACAAUCGUAUUCGAUGACAGCUGUCACGGUACCCACGCUAUAUGAAAAAUACAUGUGAAAUAUGGGGUCGUAUACGAAAGCCUUACGCCAUUGAAUACAGACCUAAGCCUUUUCUAGACACAACAAAUAUUCACUUAAUUCUAAACUGUAUAAUGUAGUGUUGUUGCCAUGCCGGCAAGUUGUAGUAUUGUUUAAAACUGAAAAACUUGAAUUUUUAUAUGAAUUUUAUUAUUAUAAUAUGGUAUUUUACUAAAUAUUAGUCCAAUAUUAAAUCUUUA